UGCAGUACAAAGAGAACUUGUAAGAGGUUAGCUACAGUGACACUCUGCGCUGUGCUCAGCAGGCUGCCCACAAGGCAAGAGAAACGUCUGAAGUUGUUUCUGUUUUUGAAAAGUGACCAACAAUAAUGGGGAAUACAUCGAUGUCUAAUUGGAUUUUUUCAGUGAAGCUGAUAGCUGUUAUCAUUGCUUCAUUUUGGACCAUUUUGAGUGCUCAGCCGAGUCUUGGAGAGAACACGUCACAAAGCUCCAGCCAGAUGUUAUUUAAAAGGAGAAUGAGACGUGCCACUGAUUGCACAAUGGGCUUCAUCAGUGGAGAAAUGACCAGUAAUUCAUUGCGUCUUGCAUCUUAUUCAGCCAGCCAGUUAGAUGCCUGUUUGAACAAUAAUGUGUUGUUGGCAAACCUCACUCAAUUGGGACAAAUAGCUUUUAGCAGAGAUCAGCUUCUUGUUCUCAAAGAGAAACUGGAUGAGAUCCACACAGGCGGGCUGCCAGAGGAACGGAUACGACAGCUGGGAUUCAUUAUUACUGUGUACGUCCCUGAAGAGAUCAGUGUGUGGAACAUAACGAAUGCGGAUACUCUUGCACUUGUUCUAAACAACAGCCCAAAUCUGAACACGAGCAAAGCAAUCAUUUCAAAUUAUCUGCAGAGAUCUGGGCCACUAGAUGCUGUUGCUUUGGAUGCGAUUGGCGGUCCAUUACUGUGUACUCUCAGUGAAGAGAACCUCAGGACCAUACUUCCCAGUGAAUUGAAGAAAGCCAGGCCACUGAAUAUUUCCACGUGUACCCAGGCGAAGAAAGACAUACUCUUUGGGAUCGCUAAAGUUGCAUUCCAGGAUCUUGCUGGUGAUCCCAAAGCCUAUUUUAACCAACUCAAGCCAUAUAUUGGUGGUGCACAAGCUUCUGAUUUACAAAGAUUAGCUCCUGGCAACAUCAACAUGGACUUCCAGACAUUCAGCAGCCUCAAUCCAGUGGAAGUGGAAAAACUCACCGUCCAGAACAUUCGAGAUCUGCUUGGAAAUAACCUGAAUUCCCUUAAAAAGAAUGAAGACCAUGAAAUCGUGCGGCGUUGGGUUAACUCACACACGGUGGAUGAGGUCACGAGUCUGGGAAUUGGUCUCAGUGGUGGAAUAUCACCAGCUGGACUCGGUAACUUUUCAUUUCAGGAACUGCCUGGUUCUGCUUCAGUCAACAGCUACAGUCUCCUGCUCUCCAUCUGCGUCACUGUGAUGGGAAUCACAUUGCAACACCUUUCAUAAACUGCAAAUCAGCCUAUUGUGCUAUCAACGGAAAGGAUCAGAGCUCUUUGACUGAUGUCAAAGAAAGUUUAACAAACUGAGUAACUGAAGUGAAAUCUGCUUGUAAUGAUCCAUUUUUAAGUAACCUUAAGCCAAACUAAGCUAGACAACGUUCUGAUUAUGUAUGAAAUAUAAUAUUUUAAGGACUGAUUUGGAUCACAGCCAGAAUGACAAUCCACCAGCAAUGGGUGAAGUGUUAGUGAUUAUCAAAUCUUGCAUUCUAAUCUUUCUUAAUUUUUGUAUUUAUAGGAUCCUUAUGGAAUGAAUAAAAUUCUAAUUUGAUUGUAUUUACUUGAAACUAGUAAUCUGAGGUCAUUUUCAACAUGUGCUGGUUAUUAAG